CCAUGAAGUCAUGGCACCAAAGAUGCUGACUUUGGUUUUGACCCUGUAUGCAUUUUGGUGGAUCGGCGCCCCAGAUGCAUCAUGUUUAGAAAUCACCAGGUAUCCAUUGUGUCAACCGGUGGUUAAAAAGCUAUCCUUGGAGAAAGACGGAUGCAAGUCAUGUCACAUCGUUGAGACAACCAUCUGUGAGGGUCAUUGUUUCACCAAGUACCCAAUUUUCAUGGAUUCCUUCUGGCGCUAUGGCCCCCAAAGUGUAUGCUUGUACCAGGAGGUGCGUUACGAAAAGUUCCAGCUGUCCAACUGUCUUCCAGGUGUGGACCCAGAGGUCAAGUACCCCGUGGCAAUCGGAUGCAAAUGUGGUGCCGUCCCGAUCGAAACGACCUACUUCACCAUGGGAGAAAACAAACCUGACCAGUGUCGUGAUGACCUUUACACCCAAAACAUGAUUGACUAAAAGCAUGUGAUUUUUGUGACCUUAAA